UUCCAUGUACUUUUGGUACUUUCGCAUGUGUGAGAGACUGUUGCGCCUUCUGGGCCUUCUGUCAAAAGAUUAAGUUUACAUGUAACCUUCUUAAAAUCUCUGGAGGCUGAUAGUCUGCUCGAUCUACUCGAUCUGCUCCAGCUGCUCCAGCUGCUCCAAACGCUCAAUAUCAUUACCACAUAAUUCUCACAAAAAAAAAUCACUCGUGUCGUUCUCAAGAAUCAAGUCUGAUAGCACUUUAUUGGAUUGUGCAGCAUCGAGUGUCCAGUGAUAGCAGUAAUUCGUAGUUAUUUGACAUUAUGCAUGUUGAUGACGAAAUGCUCAGUGCAAUGCUUGCUUCGUGAAGUUUGUGUCGUUGGGGGGAUGAGGGAUUGCUCGAUAAAUAACUCGUUUGCCAUGUUAAUGAGGCCUCGAUGCUAAUGAAGUAGACGAAGACAUCGGCAAGUCCUUUGUUACAUCUGUGCACAUAUUGGAGCACCAACGGAUGACAGGAUAAAUUAUAAUUGAUCAAGUUUUUGAGGGGAAUUACAUGAUGCUCGGUGGGAUAACCAGUGCAGUAUCUCUUCGAAGAUGUUUCUACCUCUCGGCACUUGUCUUCAUCCUCUCGACUCUGAUGGCUAUGGCAAUUAUAAUUAAAUUAUCACCUCUCGAGUCAGUUAAAUGCCGACAACACACGGUUUUAACGACUCCAACGGUGGAAUGGAGUAGCAUAGCACCUGUUCCUCUGGGGAAUGCCGGUGCCAGUGCUAAAAAUCCACUCAUCGAGGAUAACAGAGAGAACAACCAGAAGGAGAUUAAUGACAAGAGGUACCUGGAGAUGAGGGAGAAGAGUAUACAGAAUAGAAUAUCCAGGCUAGCCUGGAGGAUGAAGAAGAAGAAUAUUCCCAUGGGCAAUCAGAAUGCAACGAGUAUCGAGAUUAAUUACAAUGUUCAUGUGUUUUAUUACGCGUGGUAUCGGUCAUUGGAGUACGAUGGGGCAUGGAAGCACUGGAAUCACGAGUAUCUUCCGAAUUGGAAGAAAAAUGACAGGAGAACAUUCCCAGAGGGAAGACACAGACCACCAGCGGAUAUUGGAGCUAGCUUUUAUCCCAGUCUUGGGUGCUACAGCUCCAGAAAUCCACAGGUAAUUGAUCUGCAUAUGCGACAAUUGAGGGAGGCUGGAGUGGGUGUUCUGGUGGUAUCUUGGACACCGCCAAACACACCGGAUAAUACAGAUCCUGUCAUGCCGGAUUUGCUUGAUGCAGCGCACAGAUACAAUUUGAAGAUUGCACCCCACCUCGAGCCCUAUCCUGACCGCAAUCCAAUUAAUCUCAUCGAAAAUAUACGAUAUUUGUUCUCGAAAUACUCGUCGCAUCCGGCGCUGCAUCGAGCCAGGAGAACACGAGAUGGACCAGCCCUUCCAGUAAUCUAUAUUUACGACUCGUACGUGUUUCCACCGAGUGCGUGGUGGGAGCUCCUGUCAGAAAGGGGAAAUCUCACCGUCCGGGGCACCGAAAUCGACGCCGUCUACAUGGGGCUCCUCGUCGACUCGAGUCACCGUAGUCACAUUAAAAAAUCACGUUUCGAUGGCUUCUACACGUACUUCGCAGUCAAUGGAUUUAGCUAUGGGAGUACCUGGAAGAACUGGAGGGAUCUCAAUAAAUUUGCCAUCCAAAAUGGAUUAUUAUUUGUACCGAGUAUUGGGCCGGGCUACAUAGACACUCAGGUACGUGCCUGGAAUGGCGAGAAUACGAGGCACCGUAGACAUGGUCAAUACUACGACGUUGCGUGGAAAAGUGCGAUAAAGAGUGGUGCAAAUGUCGUAUCAAUAACUUCGUUCAAUGAAUGGCACGAAGGUACUCAGAUAGAGCCAGCAAAACCAGUGAGCAACAAGGACUUCGUAUACCUGGAUUACGAGCCAGAGGGUUCUGAUUUCUACCUGAACCUGACCAAGGGGUGGGUCCAACAAUUCACCGACAGAAAUCAUCGACUAUGAGCGUGAAAAUUCAUUGAUAAAUUAUCCUCAUGACUUAUUAAUUUAUUCCGGAACUCUGAGUAUCCCCAAUUGUGUUUCUAAUCCAUAAUUGCUCCGUACGUGUAUCAUUAUGAAUACUCGUAAUUAAUUUUCUUCUAUUUAUUUCGGUUUAUUCUCAAUUGAAACGAUAAACAGAAAUGACGCAUUGAUUCUGUGAUACAUAUUGCUGUGUAUUAAUGGUGCAUUCACGUAGAAUAACGUCGGCACAUGAACAAUACAAACUGCAUACAAUUUAUGCAUCUUUUAUUAUGAUUAAUAUAAAAAAAAACAUUAUAUCGAAGGCUCUCUGAUCAAAAUAAAUAAUAAUUACUCGCACAAAUGAAAAUGUAGUAUGCAAAGGGCAUGCGGACAAUAAGCGGCGUUUCGAGUAUAUCCCUUACUUUACAGGGUAAUUAUUUCCUAAUCCUUUACGGCAAUUUAACCAAUAAAAUAAGGAACGAAAUGACAUAACUACGAUGUACUUGAACGUAUUGCAUGUGUGAAUCAGGCAAAUAAUUUUUAAUGAGGGUGUAUACAAUUUAUAUAUUAUUAUACAUAUAGACGAUGAAAAAAAAAAUGGUGGAAGAAAUUUGGAAAUAAUUCACACUUGGAGAAUUUUUGAAGGAUAAACAAACCCACAUAUCAAUGUAUCCACGUGGACAAGUCCCCUAGUCGUAAUAAUAAAAUCUAUCGUUUAAAAAAUAUUUCAUUUUUUAAAUUAUUCUCAUUCACGAAGAAAGACAAUACACUUUGAGUUCAUAAUAUUUAGUAUUUAAAUAUGCAUCGUAGAGUAAAACUUUCAAUAAAAUUGUCAUCUAUCUUUCAUUUAUUCACGACGUUAACUUAAUCUACUUAAACAAUAAGUAAACAUAGAACGAGAUGUAUGUACAUGUAAAGUUGCAUUUAUCUUGGCAAUAUCGUUAUUCUCGUGAAGAAAUAAAAUAAUACGAGUCUGAA